AUGGCGGAGGCAGGAGCAGAUGACCCCAUCCUGGUUGAUCAACAGCUCCGUGACAUGGACGAGGACCUUUUGUGGGAGAUGGUAGAGGGUCAUCGCUACAGGAUUGUUCGUGGUGUCACCCCGAGCCGGCUUACACCCUACCUGCGCCAGGCCAAGGUGCUCGGUCAACUUGACGAGGAAGAGGUGCUGCACAGCCCUCAGUUCACAAACAGCGCCAUGAGAGUGGGUCACAUGCUGGAUCUCUUGAAAUUCCGUGGGAAAAAUGGAGCCCUUGCCUUUCUGGAAAGCCUGAAACUCCACAACCCAGAUAUUUAUGUGCUCAUCACUGGCUUGGAACCUUCCAUAGACCACAAUCAUUUCAGUGACUUGAUUGAGAGUUCCCAACUGACAGAAUGCUUGGCCAAGGCAGUGAGCAGCCUGCAGGAAGAACUGAGCCAGGAGAAGAGGCAGAAGGUGUCUUUGCUCCAUCACUGCCGCAAGCUGAAGGAGAAGACCGCCCGACUGGAAGCACAAGCUGAAAGCCUGAGCGGCAUUGAGGCCGAAUGUAACCGCAUGAAGAGGGAGCUCAGUGCCCACUUCCAUGAAGCCCUCAAGCUUAAAGAUGAACUUUAUGGCCUGUCUUUACGUUACAGCAGUGCCCUGCAGGAGAAGGACCUGGCCAUCACCCGCUGUCAGAGCCUGCAGGAAGAGCUGUACCUGAUGAAGCAGGAAUUGCAGCGAGCCCGGGUGUCAUCCUAUUGUGAAUGGGAGAGGUCCUCAAGGCCAGCUGGGGACACACAGCCACAGGCCGAUGAACUUCAGACACUGAGAGAAGAGAACGAGCGUCUCAAGUCAAUGGUGGAGCUGGGGACCUUCAGUGUGGUGCAGAAGGAUAUCCUGGAGCAGAACCUCGAUGAUGCUCUGGACGGAAAGCAGGAGCUGCUGAAUCGCAUCCACUCGCUGAGGGAGCAGGCGGCGCUUGCUGAGAAUCAGCGGAAGCAGUGCUGGGAAGAAAAGGAGCACACUCUGAUCCAGUGCCAGAGGAUGAAGGUGGACUGUGAGAUCUACAAGGACAAAAUCAGUGCCCUCCAGGCACAAGUGGCUGAUCUGCAGAAAGAGAGAGAUCAGGCCUACAGCGCAAGGGAUGCUGCUCAGGUGGAAAUUUCUCAGAGCCUCCUGGAGAAAGAUUCGCUCCGCCGCAAAGUCUUUGAGCUCACUGAUGAGAUCUGUGAACUCAGGAAGCAGACAGGCCUAAGUGGCUCAGUGCUCGCGCAGGUGCAGUGGGAUGGGCCUGCCAGCUCUCUGACCAAGGAACCUUGUCCAAAGAGGAAACAGCGUCUUGUGCGCAUGAACGCCGUCUGCCCCCGGGGUGACAGCCAGGACAGCUUCUUGAGCAUGUCUGAGUCUUGGUCAGAUUUAAGCAACAGGUCAAACCAAGAGCUGCUUGGGAGCAUCCGCUCAUGCUGCCCAAUCCCACCAUGUAAGCAUUCCCUACAGAGGAGAGCCAUGCAAGAAAGUUCUUUUCCAGAAGGUGAUUCCCUGGAGUUUCUGGAGGACGAUUUCCCUUCAGCUUCCGAAGAGAAAGUAGAAGACCCCCCUUUUGAGUAUGAGAUGGUGGAAAAAGAGGAUGGCAACUCUUUGUGGCUUCACCUGGACCCCUGCAUCUCAGAGAGUGUGCCUAUGCGCCGGCGGCUUGCACAGCGUUUCCCAAGCCGCAUCACAACCAUUGCCUUCCAAGCCAACACUUUGAUGGAACAAAUCAGCAUCAUUGGGGGGAACCAGACGGGCAUCUUCAUUCACCAAGUCACACCUGGCUCUGCUGCUGAUGAGAUGUCUUUGUCGCCAGGCCAUCAGAUUGUGCUGGUAAGAC